UCAAUACCUAUACUGCAGCUAUAGCCUAUCCCUAUCUGCUCAUAGGCUACAAAAGUUAGAAGUGACAAUUUUUUUUUUUUUUAAUUGUCAGCAACACUAGGGUGAUUACUGAUUAGUGAUUAGCGUGUAGUGACUAAGUACGGUGACGCUGCUCGUUAGCUCUGUUCGCCGGUCCACAGUCGUUCCUCGAAAAAAAGGCGUUGGUCCUUCCGUYGUUCGAUCGCCGGUUAUUUGCGCGUCGCAACCGCAGCCCGUCAGUCGCCUACCGCCGCCCUGUCCACGAUGUACGCCUAAAAAGACGAACGGUCGUGCCUUCUCUAGCGAUCGAUACACGUGAUCCACCGUCGGGGACGCACAACGGAUCCAGAUCUGAGCAAGAUGCCUUACAAAGACCGGAAUGUUACGACAAUGGUGUCUCGCAACCGUAUAUCGACUGAUUCUAAGCCCAAAUCUAGGCCGAAGAAAAUCGACAAAGUAUUACAAAACGGCCAGAAUAAUUCUAAAUUCAAACAACUUAAAAAAUCAGCAAAAAUGGAAGUCCACUCACUUGUGGUAUGGAAACAUCCCAUCUUAACCUUAGAUUAUUUCUGUAAAGAAGUAGUUUAUUUAUCCAAAUCAUUUAUUAAAAAGUUAAUUUGUUAUAAGUUAUAUGUGCUUCUGGCAUUUUUAGUAAUUUCUACUCCAAUUAUUUUACUAUAUAUAGAAGGUCCUCAUUUACCAAUAUUAAUAUGGGCAAAAUCAAAAGUUGUAUGGUCUCUCUAUUGGUUAGGUCUAGGAGUUUUAUCAUCUGUUGGUUUUGGUACUGGCCUUCAUACAUUCCUUCUCUAUUUGGGCCCCCACAUUACCUCUGUCACUUUGGCCGCCUAUGAAUGUGGAGGACUUAACUUCCCUGAGCCUCCAUAUCCAGAACAAAUUAUUUGUCCUGAUGAAGUUGACAGUGCUUGGAUAGCCAGUUUAUGGAACAUCAUGUUAAAAGUACGAGUGGAAGCCAUGAUGUGGGGAGCAGGAACUGCGCUUGGUGAAUUGCCGCCAUACUUUAUGGCUCGUGCUGCUAGACUUUCUGGUAGACCACCAGAUGAAGACAAGGAAGAUUUAAUAGAAUUUGAAGAAUUACUGAAAAAAGAAAAACAUCCUGAAACAAUGACUCUAGUGGACAAGUCAAAAUUGUUUGUCGAGCGACUUGUAAAAAAAGUUGGCUUCUUUGGAAUCUUAGCAUGUGCAUCUAUUCMGAAUCCAUUAUUCGAUCUCGCUGGGAUUACAUGUGGACACUUUUUAAUACCGUUCUGGACAUUUUUCGGAGCUACUCUUUUGGGUAAAGCUGCCAUUAAGAUGAGCAUACAAGUGUUAUUUGUUGUUGUAGCUUUUAAUGAAACACUUAUUGCUAGUGUACUAGACAUUGUUGGAAAAAUCCCAGGAAUUGGAAAAAAAUUGCAGGCACCUAUUACAACGUUUUUAGAAAAUCAAAAACAAAGGUUACAUGCCAAAAAAGACUCAAAGGGUACAAAUAUUGCUGUGAAAUUGUUUGAUCUAUUUGUGUUAUCAAUGGUUCUUUAUUUCAUUGUAUCUAUAAUCAACUCUAUGGCACAAAAUUACUAUAAGCGACACCAUAAGACUUCAAAAAAGCGAUUAAGCGACUGACAUACGGUUGUCAACCGUUUGAAAAAAUCUUAUUGUAAGUCCAAACGGAAUUAAAUAAUUACAACUCAUUCAUACAUCCAAUUUUUUUGGUAUAAAUUAAAAAUUAUUAUUUCUUGGUACACAA